GCACGGUAGAGCAAACUUGAAGACUCGGCGUUGCCCGGCCAGAGUCCAUUAAAGAAGAAGUCCGUGGGGCGAAUAUGAUUGCCCGGGGAACCCGCGAGCUCUGGAGUUGCAAGGGUUGAGACCCGGCGUACCCUGUAAGAUCGAGCGAGAGAUCAUGCAGGUCAGGUCGGAAGCGAGAUCAGGUGGCUAGAAUGAAGGCCGAUGGCAGCAAAGUAUGCUCGGAAACUGAACAUAGAACAGGAAUGGCAUCCCUUCUAGAAGAAAAGCGGGCCAUUUGCGCGCGAGUGACUGCGCGUCCGCCAGCGUACUCAAUGCCUAAAACGCAGCGCAAACGUCUGAAACAAGCGGGGGGGCAGGACUUCGCUCUGAAGCGCAGCAAAAAAGUUCCAUCGUUUGGUGAAAACUCGGCCUUUUUUGAAUCACACCUGUCGAAAGCGCAAGCCAUUGAAGUAGUAGAGAUGCAAGGAAGCAAAAUUCAGCGAAAUGCAGACUGGUCUUCUCAUCUCAGUGAUCAUCGCCUUGGGCGUGAACGCGAACGUGAACUCGAUCGCCUGUGCCGCCUCUUAAGACGUGCAGCUGAAUUAGACGUCAGUACAUGUUGUCAUGAUAUCAGGACGCUCCUCUUAACACGAGAUAAUUCGGAGGAAAUGCGCCUUCGAAUUCCCACGCCACCCAGUUUACAGGGCCAAAUAUAUUCCCUGUCGUCCUCUUUACGUAUGUCUUCUCAAAAAGUGAUUGGACAUUUUCGCACUUUUCCUACUGCUGUCUCACCUCUUAGACGACUGAUCAAAGCUGGCAAAUCCACCAGCUUGCAACCCAUAAAAGGCAUGCUAGGUAUGGUAUUGCAACUGACUGAUUGGGCUCGGGCUUUUAAGAGCCAUCAGAUUCCCGAUGUUGCUGAACUAUGGGGGGCUUUGCUGUCCUUAGUGGGACAUUCAAGAGUUGCAAAAACCAAAGCACACAAAAUGCUGAGUUCUGCUGCAAUGGUUCUGAUGCGCAUUUCGCUGAAGAGUUUGGUUUCUUUCUGGGGAUUAAGUCAUCCGAGCAGCCUGCAACCUUUGAUGCUGUCUUUACUCGAGGUCAAUUUGAUAACAUGGCAACCACUCGCACAGCUAACUUUGUCACUCCAAGCUUUUCGUGAGCUUGGAUUCACAGACUCGGAGAUCCGAUCAGAAACUUCUAGUAGUACCGGGGGUUGGAUGGCCGAGCCAAAUUCUGAAUCAGCUGAUGUACUUGCUCAAGCGCUCACAGGUGCGAGGAUAAUCUCCUGUCUACGUCGGAGCACAAAUUCCACGUUGAAAAGGGAGAGCUGUUUUCGAAUUCCCAUCCCUAGGACCCUAAGCUCCAAACAGCAUCGGUGCAACUUGAAUCCGCGAGUACAGGGGAAUGUGUCCAUUUUCAACAUCUCCCCGGCUUGGACACCAAAGCACGAACCUUCUGUUUCGCCCGACAUGCGUGGCGACACUGCACAUGUACCUCAGUUUAGAAGCAACUCCUCAGCUAUCACCAAGUGGUGCAGGAAUGUCAUGGGAAUAUUGUUCUCACAGCCUGCGGUAUCAAAAUUCAAAGCAAAAUUUACAUCUCUAACCAGCACGAAGAACCCCCCCUUCUCAGGGAAAUGUGGCAACUCGCUCGCAAAUUUUGUUUCUUAUAUGAGACACAAUCUCGAAACCUCUGAUCUCUGCACGCCCGAGGGAUACCACAUCACGCGAGUUGCGGUAAAAUUAAGUGCGACUUUUGAACGUUUGGUGCGUGAGAAGAAUUUCAAUUCAAGUUUGAUCACCAGCUACUCGGGAUUCUGCGCUGUUUGUGGUAAGGAUGAGGCGAGUUCCUCGUCGCAACUUGUACGCUGUGAUCGAUGCUCUGCUUACUAUCAUACAGUCUGCUCUAAGCGCCCUUUAAGAAAAGACAGCGAAAAGGAUGCAUAUUGGUUUUGUCCUAUUUGCGAUAGCUUAGUCAUGGGGGGCGCAGUUAGGACCAUUGAUAGGAUGAUCUCAAAUGUCUCAAUGAUUUACAAUGUCCCUUGCAUCAUCGAGCAUGUCCUCAUCCCUGGUUGCAAUUCGCUUUUAAUGAUACCCCAGUUGAUAUUAAAGAGAAAAGACAAAAGGUACUUGGCAAUGACCUAUGAUGAAGUUGUGAUGACAGAGAACGAUUCGUCAGAUUCAGUGCGAUCUCUGCAAUUGACCCGAUGGUUGUCUCUAGACCACAAGGAUCGUGUUUUAGAAGCAAAUAAUAAAGCUAUGCAUAGCAAAGAUACCAAGCAGUUGUUUGGUUCGAUACGGGCUCUUUCUUUUGACUGUACCUGGAAUUUACAAGAUUGGGUUGCUAUACUCAGUUCUCUGCUUAUCUAUGCAGCUUCGGCGACUAAAGUGAAUGCAUGUGGUGUAGACUGCCAAGCAGACUGUGAUAUGAAUGUGCGCACCACGCGUUAUUUUUUGACAUGUGAAGGUCAAAAUACAGAGAAUGAAUGCCACGCUACCAGCUUAGCGGCGGAACGGUCAUCCCUAGAAUAUCCCUCAGGCAGUAUGCGUAAGCAGCGAGAAUUGAUCCUGGCGGCAGAAGUAAUCGAUAAUUUGGCAUCACUUGUCGAACCUGACCGCACUCGCAAGCAACUUUAUAAGCAUGUGCAUACGAGAAUUUUGCAAGAUCUGCUGGUGAUAGAUCAUUUUCCGUCGCUACCGGGCUCUGUUGUAAGUCAUGUGCAACUAGAGUCAUCCUGCACGUGGUGCGGGGGCGAUCUUGCCUAUCUUCAAAGUGCAUUUGUAUAUUCUCGAAAUGACUUCUACAUGGCUCCCAGAAGCACAGGAAAACUCCCAAACUGGGCCAUGGCACACGAAUUUUGCUCGAGUUGCUUGGCCAAGCAACGGUCAGGGAAACUAAAACACCGAAGGCGGCAAGCUAUAGCAGCCCGUGAUAGGGAGCUUAAAUGUACAGCCGUUGGACGUACACCAUCGCUGGGACUAGAUUUUCAGGGACGUAUUUAUUGGUAUUUUGCACAUCAAAGAAAUAUGUUGGCGGUCAAGCUACCAGACAACAAUGAAACUGGUGGCAGGUUCCCCGAGUCCAAGCAGGAUGGUGAAUGGCUGUGCUUUUCCACAGUGCCGUCAAUUGCUCAGGUUAUGCAGUAUCUCAUCGAGGAAUGUGAUGGGGAAAUGGAUAUGCUCUUGACCAGAAUGAUUUUCGCUUUCCCUGAAGCAUGCAUGCUUUUGGAGCCCGAUCUUGCCUUGCCGUGCAUGUAUUCCGACGAUUGGGCUUGGCUUGAAAAAUCAAUUUCGUCAUCUGAGUUGCUGACGCCGUCUUCAGAAGCAUUACCGCAAGCUUAUUUUGAUAUCAAUGACGACAUUUUUGUUCGUGUGAACGAGUUGAUUUGGACUGGAACUGUGACAAAAGCAAAUGCUGGUGAAGCCGAGUUAUGUUACUACGUAAGGAGAAAAUGUUGGAAUUCAACUUUUGAUGAUUGGAUGAGCUACGAGCAAUCACUUGGGCAUUCUGUCAUUGCGAACUCAACGCAAAGCAAUCUAUACCGUAGCAAUAUCUAUCGGUUCUUCAAAUAUUCACCCAAACUCGUCUCAGAUUACCUUGACUUAGUAGCAUCUACAUUCAUCACGAAACCGUUUCGAAUCCAAGCUCGUCUGCCCCCUUCCCUAUUGUUAAACCCGACUAUAGUAACACCUUUGUACCAGAUAAUCCCCAUUGCUUUGCUAACGCUAUGUGCAGCAUUACCAAUCGGGUCUGCUACACCUGAGGAUAUUAGAUGCAUUCAGAUAUGCGCUGAAAAUUAUGCGAGAUAUGGGCAGGUUAGCGCACUUGAACUCACUCAACUUGUUCUCUUCUUGGAGGACGCCAUAAACACAUCGUGGGUCAAACCAUCUUGGAGUGCAGUUCGUGCCAAGCUCCCCACGCGCACACACUGCCUUGAGAACCCUUCUCUCUGUCGAGUUGCAUUACUUAUCUGGAUUCUUGACCGCGGGCUCAUUUACAAUAAGGUUGUCACACACGACGGCGUCUACGUCCUUGCCUAACCUUCUCCACCUCCUUGUCUCCGUCUCCUCCGCUGGCGAUUCUAAGCGGAGCCAGGGGCAGCACCUGGGGAAGUGAAAAGCGGCCUGCUGCCUAACUUCCCGAGUCUAGUAAGGGGCCGGACCCCGAUUGAAUUGGGGGCUGUAACGCCUCCCCUUUAAUAGCCCGAAG